UCAAUAAAUUUUUUUAUUUUCGUGCUCACGGUACGGACAUGUGCCUGUUUUAUUAGUUAAGUUAUUAGUUUGCUUUAAUUAUCGUAUUUAUAAACACUGAAAAUCGUGUUAUAACAAUUUGAGUAAACUUUCAUAAUAUAAUAAAUACAUUUUAUAAAAUGUGCUGUACAAUUUCCGAAAAUACCGAAAGUUUUAAUAUUUUUUUGUGAUUUUGUAUCAUACCAUUCAGCUUUCGGAUGGCCAUGUGCCUAAAUUCUAAAAGAAAAAGUCAUUAAUUUGUUGCGUAUUGUGUUAAUUUUAACCCGACGAUGGGUUCCUUACCAAUGGAAAGUAAAGACUUACUGACGAAAACAAACGAAAAUGCUCCAAGGGAAUUAAAUGGACAAGCACAUAAUGGAGAAGAAUUAAAAUCUACGUGUAGAGAACCUCCUGAUGGAGGCUUUAGAGCUUACAUGAUAAUAUUAGCUUCGUUUUUAACAAACGGCCUAGUUUUCGGCAUUAUCAAUUCUUACAGUGUGAUUUAUAAUGUUCUGCAAAAGAAGUUGAUUGACGAAAAAGUAUCAAAUGCUGAAAGCAGAGCUGCUCUGGUGGGUGCAUUGACAAUGGGAACGACUUUCUUACUUUCACCGGUGUCUGGUGUACUAACCAGCUUCAUGGGACUGCGAUGUACUGCGGUGCUGGGGGGAUCCAUAGCCGUAGUUGGCUUGAUUUUAUCCUCUUUCAUAGUUGACGAUGUAGACGGCCUUUGUUUUACUUAUGGCAUCUUGUAUGGUGUGGGUGCUUCUCUCGCCUACACUCCCUCUUUGGCCAUCCUUGGGCACUAUUUUAAAAAGUACUUAGGUUUAGUUAAUGGCAUCGUUACGAUCGGGAGCUCAAUUUUUACGGUCGCGAUGCCACCGUUAAUGGAAUACAUGAUAAAAUAUUAUGGGUUACCUGGAUUGUUUAGAGCACUCGCACUUUUGACAGCCGGCGUCCCUCUGUGCGGUUUACUAUUCAAGCCUAUAUCUGUCAUAGUUACAGAGAAACCGAUUAGGGAACAGGGCUGUAAGGGGGUAUUGAAAACCAUAGUUGAUGUUAGAAUUUGGAGAAACAGAAGCUACAAGUUGUGGGCGUUAUCCAUGCCUAUAGCUUUAUUUGGUUACUUCGUUCCUUACGUUCAUAUAAAAAAGUUCAUCAACAUUAAUUUCUCGAAUGUCCAAGAGAAUUUGCCGCUGCAGUGCAUAGCAAUUACUUCCGGUGUGGGGAGAUUAUUUUUCGGUUAUCUCGCUGACAAGAAAGGUGUCAAUAGAAUUAUGUUACAACAGAUAUCGUUUUACAUAAUUGGGACUCUGACUAUAAUAUUGCCAUUUUGUCGAUCUUUUCCUCUCUUAGUUUGCAUAUCUUUAGGAAUGGGCAUUUUCGAUGGUGCAUUUAUAGCGUUAAUCGGUCCGAUUGCUAUUCAGUUUUGCGGCAGUGCUUUUGCUGCUCAAAGUAUAGGAUGUAUGUUAGGACUAGCUGCUUUUCCUCUAUCACUGGGUCCUCCUAUAGCAGCUCUAAUUUACAAAGAAACAGGAGCUUACAUAUUGCCUUUCACAUUGGCUGGAAUCUCUCCCAUCGUAGGCGCAACGUUGAUGUUUGCUACGAGAUUUCAAAGAUCAAGAAGAGAAAGUGCUUUAUAAUAAAAGUAGUAUCUGGUAUACUUACUGUAAACCGAGAUUAUUCUUAAAUCUAACGACAUAGGCGGACAUAUAGACGAUAAGUAUGUAUUCCUAAGGAUGCCCUUUAAGAGUACAUGUUACACACACAUCUAUAAGGACAUUACCACCCAAUUCUUCGUGUUUAUAAUAAGGAAGAUAGAGAUAUGGUGAAUCUCCCCUGACUUCGUCCUUACGAGUAUGUAGAAUUUUUAAGAAAAAGACACUAUUAGUUAUUUAAGACUAGAUGACAAUUAUAUGUGCCUUCAUAGUUUACAUUAAAUAAUGAGGGUUGAUACUGCUGAAUUUUGAGGUAAUAUUUUGUUACUUUCGAGUUUUAGCAUGACAUUGAUUAAUUUUUAUACUUCCCAGUUGCAACUUUAGUUUUUUUAUUAUUUUAUGCAAUGUUUGCGGAAUCGGCCCUUAUUACGAACAUAAUUAUAUAAAUUAUUAUUUACAUUGUUAAACUAUCAGUGGUUUUAUGUAAUAGUUAUAACAAGUAUGGUAGAUACUUGAUAUUUUUUAUUACUGUGUGUAGUAAGUAUUAAAUUAUAUUUGAAAUAUCUGUCCAUCGUACUAUAAGUAACCAAAGAGUUUAAUUAGUAUUGAUAAUAAUUAACGGACGCCCGUGACUCAGUUUGAGUGGAAUUUUGUUUUUACAAAUCAUGUACUUUCCGCGAUAUAAAGUAGUCUAUGUAUGUUAAUCGAGUACAUAAUUUAUCUCUAUUCAAAAUUUCAGCCAAAUCGGCUCAGGAGUGUAAAUCUUAACGAUAUUUUUAUAUCGCGACUGUGUGAGUUUUUAAUUAAUCUCUGUCUCUGUCUAUAGUAUCGUGUUAGACAGAAAGAGUUAGAGAUGAAUUUGGAACUCACAUAGUCUAGUUACAAAAACGUAGAUGCAGAAUAGUAAUAUAGUAGUUGCGGUGUGAAGGGUAAAUUAAAAACAUACUCAUACACACUUACAGACAAACUUUCCUGUUUAAUAUUAGUGUGAUGUUUACUUAUAAAAUACCCAAGUACACGAAACAUGUUAGUCUUAAUAUUAAAAUGAAAUCGAAUGGAAUUACCUUUAAUUUAUUGUCAAUGUUAAGCCUUGUCAUUAUGAUUUAAUACCAAUCAAUUAUACAAGGAUUUUAUAGUACGAGAUAUAAAAUUAUGCCAGUAUUUCUACGUCGUGGCCUGGUUCUUUAAAUUGCAAAAAAUACAAAUUAAUUUUAUUUUAUUCAUAUGCAAGCAUAUUUUGUACCAAUAUAUUAUAUAAAAAAACUUAGUUAAACUAUUUAAUUGUUGUUGAAAAUAUUUAGGUGCUCUAUGGUACACGUGCUCGCGACCAUUAUUUUUAAAUGUUAGCACAAUUUUGAUUUUUUAAAAAACGAACGAAGUGAGUGAAAUUUCUGUUAUGCAACUGCAUCGUUAUUUACUGCACCAUAAACACUCUUGCUACUUCCACUGGGAGUAGCAAGAGUCUUAUUGACGCCACUGACUGCCUUAUUUUUUUUUAAACUGAUAGGCCGGGGCACAAUAUUGCAAUUCCCUAUAUGGUUAUUUUUUAUACAUUCCAAGUGAACUACCGUAUAUCGGUGCAUCUUUACGGGCGUAGCCAGGCAAAUUUGCAUAUGCAAAAUAUUACAGAAAUACCUAUCAUGGCCGAUGGCGAGUCACUUCGACUUCGGUUCUAAUGUAAUGUAAUAAUAUGGUAUACAAACGCGUUUUUGUGAAUGCAAACACGUAUGUCUGAAAUGACACUGAAACUGGUCACUAAGUAAUGCGAGCUACAGAGCUGCAGUCUGUGCAGUUUUAACUGUACAGUCGAACUGUUUAUUUAAUCCGUGUUUAGUGUCAGUUUUAACUGUACAGUUUUUCCUAAGGUUUUUGAUUGAAACUUCAGUUUUCCCUGUACAGUUUUAUUUAACUCAAUAAAACUGUACAGGGAAAACUAAAGGUCUGUAGCCCAGGUAACAAUUGUUUGUUGCUUGCUACUAUAGUGAAAGCAAAACUCUCCCUUAUACUACCAGUUAACCCUGGCUACGUCUGUGUUCCUUAGGCCACCACGAGAUAUCUAGUAAAGAGAGAAAACAUAUUGUAGACCAAUCGCAAUCUUUUUCGUACAAUCGCAACUAAAGAAAGAGAAAGAACUAUAUUAUUUUCGACUCUGCCGCUAUUGGUUGACAUUUUUUUUUGCAUGAGAUAUGCCUAUUGAUGCAAGAUUUUGGUUGCUAUUAAAAUAUUUAUAUAGUAGCACCAUUCUUGCCUUGCUAUACCGAUAUCGUGUAGUUCGCGUCUAGCUCAAAUAUGCAAUCACGUAUUUAAAUACGCAUUUUAUUUAUUUAUUUACAUAAAUUAUAUUAUGUAUUCUGUUACUUAUGUUAUAAAUAUAUUUUGCAUUUAAGUUCAACCUGUAUACAAAUCUCUGUUAUUGUAAUAAGUUGUUACCUUUUAAAGUUCCUAAUAUUAAUUAUUAAUUUAAUUUUUUAAUGAAGUGCUUUUACUUUUUUAAUAUACUAUAAUAAUAUGCUAUUAGAUAUAAAGUUUUAGAAAAAUCGUUACAUUAAAAAUAUACUACGUUGUUAAUUAAGUACAUAACACCUAUUGUAAAGUUAAUAAUUCCGAAUAGAAAUUGUUACAUAGAACUGCAAUGACGUAUGCCAUUGUAAAUAUUGAUUUUGUCGACACAAGAUUAUAUUUGUCUUUAUUGUUUGUAUUUCAACAAUUAAGGUUUCUUUUGAGGCUGUAAAGUAUCAAGACUGUUCAUUGUUUACUCAUGUCAAUUUUUAUAGACACUUUAAGGUCAUGGCUCAUUAGAGCCACAGCACUCUACCAGAACCGCUUCGCCUCGUGCUCGUUUUUAUACUUCUUACAUACGCUCUCUACCAUAUAUACAUAUUAUUUAGUACCACUACAUCAAUACGUCAUCUGUUCACCUCGUUCGUAAGCUGUCACGAGGCAAGGCGGUACAAUUCGGGUGCAAUGGUAGCUCUAAUGAACGUACAUAUACUAUAAAGUACAUAUUUCUACAUACAAACAUAAUAAAUUUUAACUGUACGAGUGUGUGAUAUUUUUGAGCGAGAACCUAUAUUGUCAAUUCGUUAAUGGAACUUACAUAUUGAAACACGCUGUUAUUUUUUUAUUUGCACUAAUGGCUUGUCGUGUAAGGUGCAAUUUUGCGUGACUUAGUUCUAAUAACGAUUGACCAUCAUGAUGAUUUACUAUGUUAAACUUAUUACUUAGUUUAAGCCACAAAAAUGUACUACAAACUUAAGAUGAUCGCUAGGUAUUUUGUUUGUUCUCUCCUAUUUAAGUUGACAAGGCGCAAUAGGUUUUAUACAAAUUAGGUAUAUAUUUGUUUUUUUUUUGCAUUUUCUUAAUUUGUUCUCUGUUAGAAGAACGUUUAUAGUCAUUUGAUUUGACGCUCCUGGUAAUCUCAUGUAAGUAAAAAGUUUAAGCUAUAUAUUUUAUAUGAGUAAACCUACGAGUAUUUAAAAUUGCCUCUGAAAAAGACUUCAAAUAAGUCUGUGUAUUUUCGAACCUAGAGGCAAAUUUUAAAGGUAGUUUUUUUUUUGUUUCUGUAUGUAGGUAUAUUUUUUGAUGCCUCAAUCAAGAUCAUAUUGUUAGAAACUGAGGCGAACAAAUGUGGCUAAUUGUUUUACUUUCAUUAAGUCUCAUGGUAAACUAUGAAAGUUAUUUAAACAAAUUAAACCUAACUACAAUGUCAAGUUAUAUUGUAAAUAAACACAAAAUUGUGCAUGUGUACUGUGUGGCUAAAUUCGGAUCACUUUUUGCGGUGAUUUUGUAGGCACGUAACAUGUCUAAUAGUAUCAAAUCGUUGUUUAGACUGGUAUACCGUUAAUGUUAAUGUUGGUGGUGUUUCGUUGAUUUUUGCAGAGAAUAGCAUUGUUAUUCUUUGUCCUGUCAACCUACAUUUGAGCAGCCUGUUGGGUCUAAGCUCCAAAUCUCUUCUAUAAUGAUUAAGGAUGCCUCCGUUCUAUUAUAGAAGAUAUUUGGCACUUUAGUGAGCCGUUAAAAAUAAGCUGAUGAUCAGUGGUGUAGCGUGCCUUGCAGGGGCCCUAUAUGAAAAUUAGUUAGGUAAAGAUUAUAAAAGAUUUCUCACAAAAGAAAUUUUUGCUUCGUUAACAUAAAUAUGACAGUGAUUAGGUUGUUUCCAUUCUUUAGGUGCUCGCUUAGCGGGAAGAAAUUUUGAUUUUUUUAAACUUAGUCAUUUCUGAAGUGAAACUCUAGGUAGUUUUUUUAUGAUUUCUAUCCGGGAAGCACUAGAUUAAGUGACAUUGUGGAUUACAUUUUACCAAUUUUGUGCUUUCACUCGUAAGGCGGUAAAGCUAUGAUGAUGAUGAUGAUGUAUGAUGUAUUAUUUUCUAAGUGUAACGUGAUACAAGAAUAACUAUUUUAAUAUGAUAUAUCCAAUGAGUAUCAUAUCACAUUCAGUUAAUGUAAUUGGAUACGGGCCAUGCCCAUAUCUGUUCCUGUGUGUCACUUGUUUAUGCAGAAAGUAGGUACAAAUUACGAAUUGAUAGCCUACUAUUCAGUUUGUUUUGUAUGCACUGCAACUGCAAUUGUUCAAUUAUUAUUAGUCUAAUAUCUAAAUUAGAAACGACCUUCACCCAUCUGUUUAGUGGAUGAAAAGUAUUUUAUAUCAAAUUAAAUAUUGCCAAUGGGUUGCCUAAUAAAUUUCAGUCCAGGUUAUGAAGAUGAUGUCCGAAAUCCAGGACAAUUUUUUUGCAGACUACCCUAUAACACCGUGUUAAUGAAUUUUUAACUUCAAUUUAUUAUCUUAUUAGUGCCAGUUACUACAAUCGGUUUACCUGUUAUAUCUGCCUACCCAAGAGUUGUGACGAGAAAUAUCCUAACGUUUGCAUAUUCUAUAGGAUAUAGGCUUCAUACGUUCGCUAGCUUGAUUGGAACUUACAGAAUUUGUAAAAAAAAAAAUUUAAUGAAUCAUAUUCUGGACUGAAAAUUUUGAGGCAACCCUUUGGCAAUAUACUCGUAUUUAUUGUUAUUGGUUUAUGUGAUUUGUUUAUGUGUGGGUACGACACAAACAAAUCAUCACCCUCCAGGUGGAGGGGACACCGCAUUUGGGCAAUAUUGUAUAAAAAUAAAUUUAGAAAAAAAAUUAUAUAGGUAUAUGCGGUGUCUAACAUAGUAUAGGUGGUCUGUGGUCGUACCAUUAUACUACAUUAUUUUUUUUAAUUGUACCUACAAAUAGAAUAUAGCAUAAUGGUACGACCGUACAUCGUCAUUUAUUUUCAAAGUAAGCUUAGCUUAUGUCUAAGGUACCAAGACGAUUGAUGAAUAUACAAAUGUAAUAUCAUUGGGAAACACCCGUGCUCAAAUGUUUGCCAGGCGGAAAUCGAAUCCAGGACCACCACCCACUGCACCAAUCCGCCAUUUCAAGAUACCUAGUUGAUUUUAUCAAAGUUUGAAAAAAUAUUUUCUUAUUGAUUAUAUUUACUUAAUCAUAUAAAAAACAUUAACAUUUUAUAUUUAUACACAUUUUAAAUCUAUUUACUUAGAUAGGUAGCUAUAUAAUAAUUAAAUUAAUGUCAGUAGGGUUAGAUUUGUGCUGAGUGUUUGAAUUAUCGAAUUUUAUCCCUUUCAAAACGUCCCUUUCAUUUAGAUUGAAAAGCAAUAAAUUUAGCAGCUAAAAACGACAUUUUAAACACAAUGUUAUGUAUUUCCUCUAUAGUGUGAUCAUGUUAUAUGUAUACAUUUUAGGAUUUGAAUAAUUAGGUUAUUUUUUAUAGUAAUGAUUGUAGGUAUGGUAAUUGUUAUUUUAUUAAUAUCUAACAAUUUAUAGUGUUCCUAACAACGGUUUUCUAUGAAUUGAUAACAAUUAACAAUUUGAUAAUGUUCUAAGAAUGGAUUUGGUUGAAAAUGAUUGAUUUGUAAUAACGUGUAAUUGUAAUUGACCUAAAAUUUACUGUUUAAUGUAAGUCAUAUCAAAACAAAGAGUAAAGGUCUCUCAUAUCCAAUCACUACGAGUAUCAAUUUACAUUUUAAGCAGCCGGUAGACGAUCAAAUCAUCAAUCAGUACGAAAUAGUAAUAAAAAUUAAAAAAAAAAACUUAGGUUUGAUUCUUAAUCUUUGUUAGUUAGUAUGCAUAUUCGUUGAUAAUAAAUAAAUAAAUAAAGCAAAAUAAUCUACAUAAUUAGACGCUAAUUAACUUGUAGAGAUUGCACAUCUACAAGAUAAUCUCAAACUAUAAAUAAUAUCAGCCCAAAAAAACUUGUAAAAAAAAUUCAACCCUGCCGCUGACCGCUGCGGGACAUUUGAGUGCCCAAGCAACCGGUGGUCAGGGCUCCAGAGUGAGGAACCUCCUCAGAAUACGCGCCGUCUCAAGAAUCACUGCCUUUUGUAUCCGACUCUUGAUCCAACAGUUAAGCGAAAGCUUCUUAAGGUGUUGGUCGAAGCUUUUCGCUAUAAGACCAUUGACAGAAACAACUAUCGGAACAAUAAUAUUUGACUCAACAUUCCACAUGGCGGUAAUCUCAUGAGCAAGGUCCAAGUAUUUUGAUACUUUUUCCUUUUCGGCUUUAACCAGAUUGUCAUGUGGAACAUGUUAUUGGCCCAUGACUGAUGUCCACGAUUUGACUGCAACAAUAACGUUUUGCGUUGGCUAAUUUCAUUUGAGUAACGCAUUUGAUGAUUUGAACGUUUAUCGGGGUCUUUACAUAUUUCGUGAUCUGGUACAAUGACCAAGAUAAUAAAUAUUGUGUUGUGUCAUUGUUUCUACACUAGUUUGUAGUAGGUACUUACUACUUGUAUAUUUCAAUACUAUAUAUUUUGUAAUAAAAUUCCUAUUGUUGUACCUAAAAGAAAUUAAUAUAAUAAUACAGAUAGUUACUUAUUAUUUCAA